AUGGCGCACCCUCAAGUACCCGUUCAGCCGAACGGCCAUGCUCUGCUUCCAUUGUCAUCCGCGUCGUCGAGAUCCGUGAGCCCCGCGAUUGAAUCAACGCAGACGGAUGUCUAUAAUGCCCGCUCCGUGGCAGAGAUCAAGGCGGCAUUGUCCCGCCUCUCAAGUCAAGAAGCAUCCGUGACCGCUCGCCUCGAUGCCUUGGUCAUGUCGCAGAAGGACCUAUCUCGAGAAUUGGGUCGACUGGAUCUCAUGCGCGCUCACAUCGGCACCCAAACGAGCACCACCCGAUCGAUCAGCCACGGCAUGCUCUCCGAAGCUGCGAGUACCGCUGAGCGCAUCUCCAGCGCUGUCCGACGACUGGAUAGAGAGAAAGAGAGAGUGAAGGCGACUCUGGAAGUGGUGGAGCAGGUCGCCGAGCUCAAGGCAUGCACUUUGGGCGUGGCAGGGUCGAUGGGUGCCACACAGGAUUGGGAGACGGCGGCGAGCUAUUUGCACCGGGCGGCUCAGGUUCCUUCCGCCGUGAUCAAUGGCGCAUUCGCUGCCGAGAUGGUUCCGACGGCGGAGGUGCCAGACGCACCGAGUGUUACAUUGGACAAUGCGGCGGAGUCGCUUUGCGGACUCUUCCUCCGAGAAUUCGACAAAGCCGUGAAGGAGAAUGACGGAGCCAAGAUUACACGAUUUUUCAAGCUGUUCCCACUCAUUGGGCGCUCCGAGGUUGGACUAGAUGUGUAUGGACGCUACGUGUGCCAGGGCGUGGCUGCGCGGGCGCGCAGCAAUCUGAAUGCGGAUUACGGGUCGCAGGCUAAAGAUGGCUUUUUCUAUGCCAAUGCGUUGACCAAGCUCUUUGAACAUAUCGCUCAGAUCAUCGACGGCCAUGGCGGGUUAGUGGAGCGACACUAUGGCCCUCGCAAGAUGGGGCGAGUCAUUGAGCGACUGCAGAUUGAAGCCGACGUGCAGGGCGGGAUCAUUCUCGAUACUUGGAGUGAUGAGCGGCACGUGGAUCGCAAAUUGAUGGACGUCAAGUCGUACGCCUUUACAUUCCUGGUGCAGAGUUUCCUGCCUACGCAAAAGGCCGGACAAGUCCCUUCUUCGGGGACGACUGCGGCUGUUGACGAUGAAGGGGUCGACAUGAAGGAGAUUGACGGGAUUUUGAAUGAGAUGGCGAUCAUGCUCGGCCGCUGGUCCUUGUACUGUCGAUUUUUGGCCGAUACAUGCAAUGCACCGGAUGCUGAGCAGGAAGGAGGAGGUGACGACAAACGAUUCACUUUGCCCGAGUUUCUAAAGGAGUCAUCGCUCGCCAAGAAGAUCAACGACAAACUCAUAUCCCCAUUCAAUGCCAUGACCAAGUUCUUCUUCCGCCGCUCCGUCGAGAAGGCCUUUCAACUCGACGAGUCGCCUUCCGGGCUCACCUUGAACCUCCAACGCCCUCUCAAAGCCGAUCCACCCCACAUCACCUCCGCCGUCGACGACAUCAUGUAUAUUGUCAACAAAGUUCUACAGCAGUCUCUUGCAACCUCUCAGGAAGCCGUGGUAACUAACAUUGUCCCUACACUGUCGCGGGUGCUUGGCUCCGACUUUAUCGGUAUGACCCAGCGUAAGAUGCGAGACGAAUGUUACCCCCGUGCCCCAGCCCAAGGCGCCCAGCCACCAGAACAAACCGUCAUUGCUUUCCUCGUCCAGAUCAACAAUCUUGAUAUUGGUACGGAUUACAUUCGUCGGAUUGUCCAGAACAACACUGGGUCCAAACAGCCUCUUCCAUCCGCCGAUAGCACACAACACGAUGAGCCCAUGGAAGUGACCGAGCAUAUCCAAUCUCUGUUCCCGGCACCCUCUGCUGCACUUCGGGUCACACAAACGUUACAUUCCCUGGCCGCCUCAUUUGAGGCCAAGGUGGCCGAUCUCUACUCGGACGGCAUCCAGGUUGUCUUCAAUAACGUGAUUAAACAUCGCCUUCGGCCCAUCCUUGCCGACGCCUUCCGCGAUAUUGAGUACCAUCCAUCCGAGACCUCCGAACCCCUGCCGCAUGAUGACUUGGACGGGGUCGACGGUAGCAAAGAGCUUGUCCGACCUCGAUUCGCCACCGGCUGGAACGAGCUCCUUCUGCCGCUCGCACGGAUUUUGACUGCCCAAGCCUUUGAUCGUCUGCUCACCGUCACCGUUGCCUACCUGGCGCGACUUCUCGAAAAGCGUCUCUGGUCGUACCAGGGCCGGAUUAACGCACUGGGUGCGACCCGACUAGAGCGGGAUGUAGCCGGGAUCGUCAGUGCGGCCACGGAUGUGGGAUACGGUGCUGGUGCCGGGGCACCAGGUCGAUAUCGACACCGCGAGGCAUUUGCACGGUGUGUGCAGAUGACGCUUGUGAUGUGUAUGGACGAGGAUGAAUGGGAUGAUGUGGUCGGGGGCGGAGAAACUGGAGAGGUGGUGGACAAGUUGAGUCGGGAAGAGAGGAUUCGAGUGAGAACGAUGGUGAGGAGGGCUUGA